AUGAUUGACAAAGCUCUAUAUCACCAAGACUACUCCCGAAUCGAAAUUGAUACUGCGGUCGAAACUAUGGAAAAAACAGGCUCUCCACCACCCGCAAUUCCCGCCAUUAUCGAUUAUCUUUCAGGCGCACCUCACAAAGUCAUCAUGGUGGAUAAUACUAGCUCUGGAGCAAUCGCCGAGUCAUAUCCGAGCUUCCUCAGACGAGGCAUCAGCAUUGUUACUCCCAAUAAGAAAGCUUUCUCCGGAAGUUAUCAGCUCUGGCAAGAUAUUUUCAGCGCCGCAAAGUCUGGCGGGUCGCUCGUUUAUCACGAGUCAUCGGUCGGAGCAGGCAUGCCUAUUAUUUCGACCAUGAAAGACUUUGUCCAAACAGGCGACGAAGUGACAAAAAUUGAGGGUGUAUUCAGCGGCACCAUGUCAUAUCUGUUCAAUUCUUUCGCCCCCUUGAAUGGAACGGGAAGCAAGUGGUCGGAUAAUGUGAAGAGGGCGAAAGAACUUGGAUUCACGGAGCCCGAUCCCCGUGAUGAUCUCAAUGGUCUCGACGUCGCUAGGAAACUUACGAUUUUGGGUCGGUUAGCUGGAUUACCAAUUGAAAAUCCCAGCUCAUUUCCUGUUCAGAGUUUGAUUCCGAAAGACCUGGAAUCUGCGAAGAGUGGGGAUGAGUUCCUCCAGAAAUUGCCCGAAUUUGACUCGCAAAUGGAAGAGCAAAAGGCUGCGGCGCAGAAAGCUGGAAAGGUCGUACGAUACGUCGGCAGCAUUGAUAUGGCCAGCAAGCAAGUUAAAGUUGGCAUGGAAUGGUUCAAUCCGACGGACCCUAUUGCUACGCUGAAGGGGAGCGACAAUAUCAUCAGUUUCCACACAAAGCGUUACGGAAGUAUGCCACUUAUUAUACGCGGCCAGGGGGCUGGUGGAGAUGUCACUGCCAUGGGUGUUUCUGGGGAUCUGUUGAAGGUCUUGGUUCAGCUCGGUUAG